CGAUCUGCGCAGUUGCCGAUCGGCUCAGAUCUGCUGUCUCUUCUGGACGAAAGUCCUGCUUCUGCCUGAAUCCGGGAAUCUUGAAGUAGCCAUGGCGUCGGGCCUGCUCAGUGUUGUUGUGUUGGUUUUAUGUGUGACCCUGACUCCCUGCGUUUUCGCAGGAAGUAGGGACUGUGAGUCCUACACAGACACCGUGUACCACCCAUCCCAGAAAUGCUGGAUAGGGUUUUGCUGUGGUAACUGCAACAAUAGAUACUGCUGUCAGGAUAGUGUCUAUCGCUUUACAGAGGAUCAACAAGAUGAAUGUUUUUACGACGUUUCACCGCUGCCCAUGAUCUUUGGUAUUGGUAGCCUUGUUGUCGUUGUGCUCAUCUUCAUCUGCUGCUGUGUCUGUCCCUGCUGCUGCCUGUACAAAAUGUGCUGCAAGCCAAGACCUGUGGUAGCUACCACAACACACACAACAGUGGUCACCACUGCUCCUCAGCAGUACCCACAGCACCCAGCUGGAACACCUGGACAGCAACAGCCCUACCAGGGGGCCCAGUAUCCACCCUACCAGCCCGUACCAGUGCAGCCGGGUUAUGGAGGCCAGCCCAUGCAAACCUCACCCUACCAAGGACAACCAUUCACAGCAGGACCACCACCAACAUAUCAGGAAGCCACCGGUCCUGCCUACCCUCCCAACCCGAUGCCUUACAGCCAGGCUGCAUUCAACCCUGGGCAGCCAACAUACCCUCUGCAGCCUCCUGUGCAGCCACAACCCAAUGCUCCACCCGCAAACACAGACUACCUUGCCCAGCCAGCAUACAACCCGGGAUAUUUUGCACCACCGCCACCCAAGACUGGAUAAUGGACAACAUUGCCGCCCACUCAGCCACUUUAAACGUGCUGCAACAUUUUCAACCUUGGCAGAACUGGAAAUGUGUAAUCUGAAUCAAGAAGGUUGAUGUGUUUUGGUGGUUAAAUAUGGGAAAGUUGCAACACAUUGUUGUAGUGUAUCAGUUCUGAUCAAGAGUUGCCAAGAGAAAAUGUCGACUCACUCAUCUUUUUGGUUGUAUUGCAUGGACUUAUGAUAUACAAGUGGUGUAAUUGCAUUCUUUUAAAAUAUUUCUUCGUGGCUUCAUCUUAGUCAUCUUUGUAACUAAAACACAAAACCACUGAGUCUUAUUUUAAAAGGCAGAUGAGCUUAGACAUUUUCCAUCCUUCCGAACAUGUCUCAGCACCUCCCUCCUUGUCUUUGCCUGUACUGUACCCUGGUGAAACCGGCCUGACCUCUAAAGUCACCACCUACAAUGAAUCUAGUCGGACUCAGUGGACAAACUGAGGAUGAAUAUUAGUGGUCCCAGCCAUAAUUGCUUUCUGCCAGUUUAUUUCAGACCGAUAAAGUGCUUUGGACUGUUUUGUGUUUUCGAAGGCAGUUAUUGCUUGUGCUAUUUGGGAACAAGUCCAAUGUGUGUAAUACUACUCACAAGAGGAUUUAUGAUGGAAAGGAUUUGUGUCAUUGUCAAUUGACUACUGAUAUUCAGGGGGUAAUGCAGUGAAAAAAAGCCUCCAACAAAAGGGAACAUUCAUCAUGCCACUUCCAACGAAAUAAGCCUUAACACAGUCAAAUUUGCUAAGUAUUAGUUUUAAGUGUUUAAAUUUUAUGUGUUUAUGUAGAGUUGAGAGUUCACACAAAAUAUUUUUUUUUUAAUUUUUCACUCAGGUUGUUUUCAUUUGCCCAUCUUACAGCAUGUGUAACUGAGCUGAAAUGCAUUGGCAGCUUUGAAAGAAAUAACCAAAGGAGAGUGUCAACCAAACAUUCACAGAGUCAAGUUCAGAAAUAAAUGCAAAUAUUACAUACCAAAUGCAAGAAACAGCUGUGCCUUCUUAGUCACUUCAGCAAGUGAAAGCAUGCAGUUUCAAAUCUUGUUUUCUGGUCAUUCAUGAGUGAUCUGUUUGUACUUUACUGUCAAUAUAAAGGCUUACCUACACUUCAAUGAGCCAUAUUGUUUUGCAACACUGCUGCCAACUAAUUGUGUAGCUUUUUAAACUUAGGUUUGUUUUUUUACAUCCAAAAUGGUGUAUGUUUUGAUUCUUUAACAUUUUCUUACUCAUUAUUUGUGUUACUUACCUUGUCAAAUAAUAAUGGGUUUUUGUUUUCUGGAAACUGAUACCAUUUUCGCUUUUAUUAAACUCCACAAGCAGAGCAGUCAGGUUUGAGUAAGUAUUCUGUUGUUGUUGUUCUUCUUCUUCUUCUGCUGUUUUGUCAGAACUAAACCAAUAAUCCCUCCUUGCUUUGCUUUGUCACUUGUGGUUUUCUAUGGCAAAAUCAUUAUUUCUGCUUUCUGAUGGACCUUACUUGAUGGUAGUUUUACUGAAAUGGCCUUUUUCUCGUGAUCAUGGCAAACUUACACAGUCAUAGCUCAUGUGAUGACCCAGACACUGAGAAAGAAUGUUUGAAAUCCCUGUCUUUUCAACUUCCUUUGUUGAGACAUUAUUUAUAGUCAAAGAGCGCAAUACGUAAUGUUUCAUGACGUGUGAGUAUUGCUGGUACAAGUUUCAGAAUUUGUUCAGUCACCAUACCUUUAAAGUGAUACAGAUACCAGCAGAGUACUUCAUUUGAUACCCUUUUUUGUACUUUAGUCAUGUGUAAAUGGAAGAAUUUAGUUACAUGAAACCAUCUCCCACAGAUGCUCCACACUUCAUCACACCACAGACUAUAGAUUGUAGCUGCUGCGAUAGCGGGCCAAUCACGUUACCUUAACACAUGUGGUGAUUAGCUGUGAGCAAAACCAUACAAAUAGUAAAUUUCGCAGAUCAGAGAACAAAUAUUAUCAAAUGCAGGUCAAAGGAUGACUGGAGAAGUUUUUAUACUGUUUGCAACUGGGUUAUUUCAGUCGAUGUAUUGAGGACUGAUUCCCAGACAUAAUGGUGUGGCUUAUUUUAUUUCACAAGUUGACUUGAGAGAAAUGACAUGUUUGCUAGUGAAGGUUCCUAAUAUCCUCACGUGUCUUUGUAAUCUACAAAACGGAUUGUGCAGGUGUUUCUGACAUCUGUGCACUUCAUGGUAGGUUUGCCUUUUGUCUGAAAUCUGCCUUUAAAUGUAUUCUGCCUUUGAUAUCAGUCCUUCGGCCAGUGUUGAUUCUUCAAUGUGACUUUGGUUGGAGUGUUUUUAUUUGUAUGUGUGGGAUCAAGCCAUUUGUAUAGAGAUGUACCAGCAGAGAUUUAUUUUUGUUCCUUCUGUGUUUCUCCUCCAGGAAUAAUUUACAUUGAUGUGACUUUGUGAAUAUAUGUGCAUGACUUUUAUUUUGUUAAAAAUCCAUCGCUUAUUCUGCAGAGGACAAUAAAAUAUAUAUUUUCUGUUUUU